CAGCCCCGCAGCCCGCGGCAGGCAGGCGUGAGACCGUGCCCUCCCGCAGAGGAACGAGUACAUCUUCACGCUGAUGGCGGAGGAGAGCCCCGGCGUACUGGUGGGGCUGCGCUACGCCCCCGGCAAGCUCCACUUCCUCUUCUGGAGCCAGGAGCGCGCCGGCGGAUGGCAGACCCGCGUCACCUUCCCCAACGUCUCCCUCUCCGACGGCCAGUGGCACACGCUCGUCCUGGCUGUCUCCGGCCAGUCCUUCUCGCUGACGGUGGACUGCAGCAUCCCCAAGGAUGUGGUGUUGGAGACGCCGUUUCCUGCCUCGCUGUCGGUGAGGAGAGCCAGCUUCUACCUUGGCAACAGGCGGAGAAGGAAAGGCGUGUUCACGGGUUUGCUGAGACAGCUUGUCCUGCUGCCAGGAGCCGAUGCCACCCCUCGGAUAUGCACCACCAUGAACUUCAAAGUAGCAAUGCUCUCUGUCCCUGCUAUCCUCCAGGAUGUCCCUGUGAAGCCAGCGAGCAACGAGGUGCUCAAAUACCCCUACGAGACUGACACGAAGGUGACCCUGGGGUCCCGUCCACGCUGCACCAAGCAGGAGAAGGCGCAGUUCUGGUUCAAUGCCUCCCGACGAGGGCUUUACCUCUGCAACGGCAGCACCUGGGUCUCCAUGCUGGAAGUCAAGCACAGGCUGGACUAUGUGGAGGAAUACCAGAGCCUGGUGACCAACUCUGAGACGAUGGGGAUUGAGGUCUUCACCAUCCCAAAGGUGGGACUGUUCGCAGCCAUGGCCAACCGGAUCACCCCGCCGGGAUCGGCCAUCUACAAGUGGACCGAUGGGAAGUUUGUGCCCUACCAGAACAUCCCCACCUACCAAGCUCAGUCCUGGAAGUAUUUCACCAUUGGGAAGAAGAUCUUCCUAGCAGUGGCGAAUUUUGAGCAGAAUGAGAGGGGUCAGGAGUUCUCUGUAAUAUACAAGUGGAGCCGCAGGAAAGCGAAAUUCAUCACGUACCAGCGGAUCACCACGCACAGCGCCAGGGACUGGGAGGCCUUUGUCAUUGAGGGAGAGGCUUUCCUCGCUGUGGUCAACCACAGAGAAGGGAACAACCACAAUAUAGAUAGUGUGAUAUACAGGUGGAACCCCAGGACAGGGUUGUUUGAAACUAACCAGACCAUUCCUACCUCUGGAGCCUACGACUGGGAAUUUUUCACCAUUGGACCGUAUUCCUUCUUGGCUGUAGCGAACACAUUCAAUGGCACAUCCACUAAGAUCUACUCACACAUCUACAUCUGGCUCAGUGGUUCUUUCCAGCUCUUCCAGUCUAUCCUGACAUUUGGUGCUGCUGACUGGGAGGUUUUUCAUAUUGGGGACAGAGUCUUCCUGGCUGUUGCCAACAGCCACAGCUAUGACAGUGGGAUGCCAGCGCCCUCCAACUUCUACGCCAUCAACUCCUCCAUCUAUGAGCUGAACAUCACCGCCCAGAUGUUUGUUAAAUUCCAGGACCUUCUCACCUACAGUGCCCUGGACUGGGAGUUCUUCACGGUGGGAGACGACUCUUUUCUGGUGGUAGCAAACUCCUUUGAUGGCUUCACCUUCUCUGUUAACAGUGUUAUCUACAGGUGGCAAGGCUACGAAGGCUUUGUGGCAGCCCACCACCUCCCCACCGUCGGCUGCAGGGACUGGGAGGCGUUUCACACCGCUGAGGGCUCCUACCUGCUCUACUCCAGCGCCAGGGAGCCGCUUUCCAAGGUGCUCAAGCUGAAAACCACCUGAGGCGGCUGAGACCUGCUCAGCUCAUCGCCAGGACGGGGGCGAGCUGGGCAUUGGGGUGAAGAUGGACCACAGAGCCCAGGGACGGCUGCAGCAUCAGCCGGGCAGCGGGCAGCGGCUGGCUGUGCACU